CAGCAGGCCCGUCUAUAGAAAUCCAGAAUCCCGAGUCGGGCUGAGCUGCCGCAAACUAGCGGUGCCUCUGACAGUCCUCCUGCAAAAAAACUUGACUAGAGGAAGAAGGAAACGAGCAGUAGCAGAUUUUCUGAGGGAAGAAUGACCUUCUAGCCUUUUGUGUUUCUUCAUCACUGCCUCUUUCGAACAUUUUGUAAGCUGAGAAAGAUGUCUAAAACGUCGUCAUCAACUGCAUCAAAGCUGAUAAUCCGAAACCUGUAUCAGUGCAUUUCAUCAAAAUCCUCAGGACAAAGUGCUCAUUCAAGUGGCAUAUCGCAUUUCAUCACCCGCAAUCAGGGACUUACCCAAAGCCCAAUUCCAUCUCCAUGGAUAUUACAGAGAAACCAUUUUUCUUCUUCCCCAUUUCCCAUGUUCCCCCAAUCUCCUAUCAGGAAACUUGACCUACAUGGUAAACUGGCUACUAAUUUUAUAUCCACGAGGAACGCAUUAGGAUCUAGUAGAUUUUUCUCGAUGAAGGGUUUUGAUUUGGGUUCGAAGGUGAAAGGUGCAGUUGGGAGGAAAUCAGGGAAGAAUCCUUUGGCAGCUUUGAAGAAUGUGUUUUUGAGGUAUAGAGAAGCUGCGGGCUUGCAGAUCGAGGCCUUCUGGAAGAGAAAUUCCUUGGUGUUAUUUGGUGCCCUUGGGUUUAUGAUUUGCAUUUUGCUUUGGAGGCUUUUGUUUGGUGUUGCCAGCACGUUCAUUGGGUUAUCUGAAGGCAUGGCUAAGUAUGGCUUCCUCGCCCUUUCCACUGCCAUUGUCUCAUUUGCUGGAUUGUAUGCACGAACACGAUUCACGAUCAAUCCUGAUAAAGUUUAUAGAAUGGCCAUGAGAAGACUGAAUACAUCUGCUGGAAUACUUGAGGUCAUGGGUGCUCCUUUGACAGGGACAGACCUUCGAGCAUAUGUGAUGUCAGGGGGUGGUGUUACACUGAAGAACUUCAAGCCACAGUUUAGAAACAAAAGAUGUUUUCUGAUUUUUCCUAUACGAGGCUCUGAGAGGAAAGGCUUAGUGAGUGUUGAAGUCAAAAACAAGAAGGGCCAGUAUGAUGUAAAGUUAUUAGCAGUGGACAUACCAAUGGUUAGUGGACCAGACCAGCGUCUAUUUCUGAUCGGGGAUGAAGAAGAGUACAAAGUUGGCGGUGGUCUGAUUUCUGAACUAAGAGAUCCCGUUGUUAAAGCAAUGGCUGCAAGCAAGGAGUUUGAAGAUCUUGAUCAGCAGGAGGAAGAACAGGAUGAGGAGAGGAAACGCCAAGAAGUUGAAGAAAGGCAUCGAGAAGAAAUACAAAAACUUGAAAAAGGAGAUCCGUGAUGAAAGAUUCAUCUAAAGGCUGUUUGUUGUUCAUACUGUGCUACUCUCCACAUUUCGGUUUAAAAGAGUUAUUUAUAGCAUGGGCUUAUGCAAUUAAAUAAGUACUAACAAUGAAC